AUGAUAAAUAGACAGUAUUUUAUUUGGUAUAUUUUUAUUUUUAAUAUAAUAAACAAAAUAUAUUUUGAAAAUAUAAGAUAUGUAAAAAACUAUGAGGUGGUGAUAAGGAAGAAAAAAAAUAUAGAAAGGGGCAUAGGAAAUGAUUUUGCAUUUAUAAGGAGAUAUUAUAAAAACAGACUUUUGAGUGAUGUGUCUUAUAAAAAUAGGAUUAAAGGAAAAAAUAGAGUGGAUAAAGAGGGAGAUGUGAAAAGAUAUGAUAAUAAUAAUGAUGAUAAUAAUAAUAAUGAUAACAAAAUGGAUAAUUCGUAUAAUUAUAAAAAUAAGAGUAUUAAGGAAAAUAAAACCAAAAUAAGAAAGGAGCAAGUUCCUUCCUUAGAUAAAACAUACAAUAGGAAUAUAAAUGAAAAAGAAGAAAUAAAGAAGAAAAUAAAAGAUAUACAACGAAAAAGGUUGAUUAUCCAUUUUAAAGAAGAUAAUACUAUAUUAAGCUCAAGAAAUUAUAAACACAUUUUUAUGAAGGUACUUUCUAAUUGUGGACAUAUUGAAAAAUUAACUUUUAUUAAUUUUUAUUUAUAUGAAUUUCCUAAAUCUAUAAAUAACGAAGAUAUGCUUUUGAAAUUUUGUCUUCGAUUAUUAGAAAGUAGAAGAAUUAACGUUGAGAAUGAUUACCAAAUAAGCCAUACUAAACAAAUGAAAAGUCAUAAUAAAAAUGAUGAUAGUAAAAAUGAUGAUAAUAAAAAUAAUGAUAAUAAAAAUAAUGAUAAUAAAAAUAAUGAUAAUAAAAAUGAUGAUAAUAAAAAUGAUGAUAAUAAAAAUGAUGAUAAUAAAAAUAAUGAUAGUAAAAAUAAUGAUAGUACAAAUAAUGAUAAUAAAUGUGACAAUAUGAACAGUAAGAAUAAUUGUAUCUUUCAAAUUAAAGACAAGAUAAAGGAUCUGCCGAACGUGUCUCCUUCUGCAUCUACAUUUAAUUCUAUAUCUACAUCUCCAUAUACACUGAAAGUAAGAGAUAGAAACAAAUAUCCGAAUGAUAAAAAUCAUAUAUUUAAAAUUAAUCAUAGUAAUAAAAAUAAUAAUAAUAAUAAUAAUUAUAAUUAUCAUAAUAAUAAUCAGAGUCAUAGUUCGGCCAAAUACCAAACGCAAAGAUUAAAUAAGAAAAUUAUCGGAACGAAUAUUUUAGAUGGUUAUGAUAUUAUACAGAUGGACGAAGGUUUGAAUUUAUCACAUAACUAUGAGCUUAAUGAUGUUAAUGUUUGUAUUAUAGAUACAGGAAUUGAUGAGAAUCAUAUAGAUUUGAAAGAUAAUAUUAUAGAAAAGAAGACGUUUAUGAAACACAGCGACAAAAAAUAUAAUAUUAAUAGUAUUAAUAAUAUUGAAAGUAGUGAUAAUAUUGAAAGUAGUGAUAAUAUUGAAAGUAGUGAUAAUAUUGAAAGUAGUGAUAAUAUUAAUAGUAUUAAUAAUAUUGAAAGUUGUGAUAAUAUUAAUAGUAUUAAUAAUAUUGAAGGUAGUGAUAAUAAUGUACAUACUAUGUUACGUAACAAAUUAUAUUUGGAAAAAAAAAAAGAAUGUUGUAAUUAUAAUACUUCUAAUGAUGGACAUGGACAUGGCACAUUUAUUGCUGGUAUAAUAGCAGGUAACUCUCCUGAAGGAAAAAAAGGAAUUAAAGGUAUUAGUAAGAAAGCAAAAUUAAUUAUAUGUAAAGCUUUAAAUAAUAACAAUGCUGGUUAUAUUAGCGAUAUAUUAGAAUGCUUUAAUUUCUGUGCUAAAAAAAAAGCAAGAAUAAUAAAUGCUAGUUUUGCUAGUACUACACAUUACCCAUCUUUAUUUCAAGCUUUAAAAGAAUUACAAGAUAAAGAUAUUCUUGUUAUUUCUUCAUCUGGAAACUGCUCAUCCAAUUCAAAAUGUAAACAAGCUUUUCAAGAAUGUAAUUUAAAUAUACAAAAAUUAUAUCCAGCUGCUUAUUCAGCAGAUCUAAGGAAUAUUAUCUCGGUAUCUAAUAUCAUACAACAAUCAAAUGGAAAUAUUGUAUUAUCACCAGAUUCUUGUUACAGCCCCAAUUAUGUUCAUCUUGCUGCACCUGGAGGAAAUAUUAUUUCCGCUUUUCCUAAUAAUAAAUAUGCUAUAAGUAGUGGUACCUCUUUCUCAGCAGCGGUUAUUACAGGCCUAGCGUCCUUAGUCUUAUCAAUAAAUUCUAAUUUAACCAGUCAACAAGUUAUAGAAUUAUUUAAAAAGUCUAUAGUACAAACAAAAUCGCUAGAAAAUAAGGUAAAAUGGGGGGGAUUCAUAAAUGUGUACGAUUUGGUAAGAUUGACGAUAGAUAGUUUACCCAAGCACAAAGAUGAAUAA